GAAAUUAGCCUCAGACGUUUACUUACAGUCUUUUCAAUAAUGGUUAAAAGUAAAAUAAAUAUCGGAGAUCUGUAUUUGAGCAGGGCAAAAUUUAUUAUGUCCUUUUUAGGGGUUUGGAUGCCCCCUCCAAACGAGUCUGUUUUGCGCAAAUGCUAUAGGUUUUUCAUGCUGUCCUUGCAAUAUAGUUUCCUUAUAUUCCAAGUGAUAAAUAUGUGUCAAGUACUUGUACUUGGAGACCUUGAGGAGGUUUCUCAAUCGUCUUUCCUGAUCUUCACCCAGGCUUGUCUGUGUUUCAAGGUCACCGUGUUUCAGGUUAAUAUGGAAUCUUUCAGGGAACUCCUAGUUCAGAUGAACUCUGAAAUUUUUAUGCCUCUAAACGAGGCGCACGAUAAGAUCUUGAAGCUGCAUGCGUCGCGGAUCAAGAGACUGCUGUUGGGAUUUAUGAUCAGUUCUCAGACUACCUGUAGCGUGUUCGCUCUUAUACCACUGUUCGAUGAUGCCAAUAGAAAUUUUCCGUUUAAAAUGUGGAUGCCGGUCAGUCCAGAACACUCGCCCCAGUACGAGCUCGGUUUCCUGUUCCAACUGAUGACCCUCUCCAUGAGCGCGUUCAUGUACUUCGGUGUGGACAGCGUCUGUCUGUCCAUGGUCAUCUUUGGGUGCGCGGAGAUUGACAUUAUUAAGGAGAAGAUCAUGAACGUUAAACCAAUAUCAGAACGACGAGUCAACCAGUCCAUUACCGUCAAUAACAUUUUGAAUGAGCACUACAAAGUUCUGAUCGAGUGUGUGGCGCAACAUCAAGCCAUACUCAAGUUCAUCAGGCAGGUGGAAGACACGUACCAUUCGUACUUGUUCUUCCAACUAAGCGGCAGCGUCGGGUUGAUCUGCAUGUCAGCUUUACGCAUACUAGUGGUGGACUGGAAGAGUGUCCAGUUCGUGGCAUUGGUGAUGUACCUGCUGGUGAUGAUCAGCCAGCUUUUCGUCUGUUGCUGGAGCGGCCACGAGCUCACCGCUACUAGUUCGGAGCUGCACACGGUGGUGUACGAAUGCUGCUGGUACGAACAGGAUAUUCGCUUCAAGCGCGCGCUGCUGUUCACGAUGUUGCGCCUGCGCAGGCCGAUGGAGUUCCGCGCCGGCCGCUACGUCACGCUGUCCCGACAGACCUUCGUUGCGAUUCUACGCAUGUCAUAUUCGUAUUUUGCUGUAUUAAAGCAAACUAACAGUCGAAACGAAGUGCACCCUAUAGUUCUUCAACUCGUAUACAACCGCCGCAAAACUAAUCAUCCCAAGCUCACAUCAUUCAAGAUGGCGGUGAGCACGGUAGACAAUGUAACUCUCUUCCUAAACCGUCCUCGAAACAUCCUCUUAUAUCUCGGAAUAUGGCUUAAACCUGCCAACUACGUCUCUUUAUACGUCAUCUAUGCCAUCAUAGUCAUGUUCACCCAAUAUUCCUUUGUCUUCUUCGAGUUUAUAUACAUAGCUUUAGCUUGGGGAGACAUGGACGCAGUAACAGAAGCUUCGUUUCUGCUGUUCACACAGGCGUCCGUGUGCUAUAAGGUUACAAGGUUUAUGAUAAAUAAGAAUAACUUGGUUUCUCUCUUGAGUUUCAUGGAAGAGGAGGUAUUUCAGGCGCAAAACGAGAGGCAUGUCAGAUGUCUCCUGAAUCAGUCUAUCAUGAUAAGGCGCCUGUGCCUGUUUUUCCUCGGAAGUGCGCUGACCACUUGUACUUUGUGGGGACUUAUGCCCAUUGUCGACAGCACUGGUGGGGAGCGUAUCUUUCCCUUUUUGAUCUGGAUGCCAGUAGGUCCCGAGAAGUCUCCCCAGUACGAGUUGGGCUACUUUUACCAGAUGGUGGCCAUCUACAUCAGCGCAUUCCUGUUCAUCGCAGUUGAUAGCGUCGCUUUAUCCAUGAUCAUGUUUGGAUGUGCGCAGCUGGAGAUUAUCAUGGAUAAAGUAGAACAGAUCAAACGAGUGCCAAUGUCAGGAAAGCUCAAGAAGCAAGAUCGAGAGCAGCUCACUCAAGAGAACCAAGUUUUGUUCGUGGAAUGUCUGAAACACCACCAGGCGGUGAUACGGUUCAUAGAAUCCGUAGAGGACACGUACCACGCGAACAUAUUUUUCCAGCUGAGUGGGAGCGUCGCCAUCAUCUGUAUCAUUGGACUUCGGAUUACAGCUACAACGCCAGGCAGCGUGCAGUUCAUCUCGAUGCUGAACUACAUGGUGACAAUGCUGUCGCAGCUGUUCCUUUACUGCUGGUGCGGCAAUGAGCUAACAAUACGAAGCGAGAUUCUCCGAGAAGUGAUGUAUUUGUGCCCGUGGCAUGAGCAGUCCAACAGCUUCCGAAGAUUGCUCUGGGUGGCCAUGGAGCGGAUGAAACGGCCAAUCAUCUUCAAGGCUGGACAUUACAUACCGCUUUCCCGGCCAACUUUUGUUGCGAUUCUACGGUCGUCAUAUUCAUACUUUGCCGUCAUCAACCAAACCCAGAACAAGGAGAAAUAAUUGAUACAACCAUCCACAAAUUAGUUGUUUAUUUAUAAACCGCGUAUCACAUAUGCGUAGUGUACAGUUACGACAUUUUAGGCAAAAGUGUGCUUAGUUUAUGAAAAUUAUGAAAAAUACACUUUUUUGUAAUACUCAACGACACUUAACUUAUAAUAAUUUAGUCGAAUAGAUAAAUUCGUGCGCUUAAAUUAAAAACUUCAACAACAGCGAUAGGGAAGUGAAAACAAUUACAACCACGGUUUAGAAUUUGAUUUGCGAUUCGUGUUGGUG